UUUGCGCCUACGUGACCGUUUUUUUAGAUAUGGAUCGUCAUAUGAGAAUAUUCAUGGCAUUGAUAACAACGAUGGGAUUUAUGGUUUGUUUGAUAAUAGCCUUAUCAUUAUCUUCGUUAGCAUCAGCGAUGGAAGAUUCGUUUCAAGAAAUUAGGAUAUUCUCGUCAGUUCGGUUGAAGCUCAAAUACAAAUUAAAAUUGUUAAAUUUCAUGAAAAGAUUUGCAAAAGCGUCUCUUAGAAUGACUAUUGGAGGAUAUUUUGACGUAACUAAAAAAUUUCCUAUUAAAAUGUCCAGCUUUUUAUAUUCCAUUUCUUCAUCUUUGUUAGAGUUAAGAAGUCUGCAAGAUAAACAAACCAAAUGUACAAAACCUUCUAAGAAUGAUACUUUUAUUUUUCUCUGAAUUGUAAGAAAAAACUAU